AUGAUUAAAGGGGAAUUCAAUUUACAUGGGCGGCUAGAGAAGCUAAUAUCACAUGUGCUAAAAAAUAUAGAUAAUGAGCCAUAUAAAUUUGGAGAUAAUGUGAAUAAAAAUGUGUAUGCGCCAUUUUAUGAGAUAUAUGGGAAAGAAAGCCACAUAGAAAAGUUAAGUUAUAAUGAGAUUUUAGAAAAACAUAAAGAUAAAAAAAACAUCCACAAAUAUUUAUUUUAUAUGUUUGAAUAUGUCCACAAUAAGAUAAAUAUAAGUCAUAAUAUAAAAUAUGUAAACUUCUUAUAUCUUAUUUUGAGAUAUAUUACAUAUUUUUGGAUGUUUUUAUCAAAUAAUGAUAAACUAGCUUUAGUUUUUUAUUAUCAUUUUAAGCUUGCAGAAUUAUUAUUUAAUUUAAAAAUCCUUAAAUUUUCUUAUUUUUUAAAUAUAUAUGGUAUACAAAUUUUCUUCAAUAUUAAAGCAAAAUUAAACAUACAAUUUUUGACAAAGGACAUAAGUGAGGAAAAUGCAGUCUCCUUAAUAAAGGUUGUUAUAUCAAAUUUAAAUAAAAUAAUUUUAUCCGAAAAUAAAAAUAUUAUUAACAUUUUUGAAAAAAACAAUUUUAUUAAAUCUACAAAGACAAGUGUAAUUAGUAAUAUUGGUACAAAGAAUAACACCAAUAUAGACAAUAAUAAAGAAAUAAAUAAUAAUGAUGUUUCAAAAAUAAAUAAAAUUACACAAGGGGAUGAUUCCUUUAAUAUGCAAGCAGAUAGUAGUUUAUAUAAUUAUAUAUGGAUAGGUUAUUUUGAUGAAAGUGACAAAAAUAUAUUGAAUGAAAACUGUUAUAAUGCUCAUAAUAUUGAAAAAAAUGGAAAAAUAUCUAACAACAAAAAAGCAUAUUCUUUAAUAUUAAAACAUGACAAUAUAAAAAAUAAAUCUAAUAAUAUAUUUGGGUCUAAUGGCCUUUCAAUUAAUAGCACCUAUAAUAUAUUUUUAAACUUUGUUCAAUUAUUUUUUAAAAUAACAUUCUACGAUAUUGAUACAUUUUUACCGUGUCUAAAUAUAUUUAAUUUAGAUAAUUUUUUGAUUUAUUUUCAUAUUUAUGAAAUACUUUCAUAUCUUGAAAUUCUGGAAAAAAAAAACACAGCAAAUGAAGUUUUGAAAGGCACACAAAUUGUACCAGACAAAUCUGAUAAAGAUGCGGGUAAUGCUUAUAAUUGUUUGAGUUCCAAGUUAGUUGGGGAAGACAAAAAAGAUAAUUUAGUCAAUGAUUGUAUUUUUUUAAAUGUCAAUAAAAAUACUAAAAAAAUAUUAUGGAGUAUUAUGUUUGACGAAUUACGAAAAGCAUUUUGUUCAAAUGUGAAAAAUGUAAAUUACACAUUAAAAAUUUUAAAGUUAACUUUUAGUUUUUUUUUGUUUGAUGAAAACCAUACAUUAAAAUAUGCAAACAGUAUGGAUUUGUCUGAAGAGUUUGUAAAAAAAAAAGAAUAUAACUUUACAUUUAUAUCUCAAAUAUAUUUUAAAGAGGUACUAAAUUUUGCAAUAUCUUUUAUUAACAGUUUAAGAUACUCAAAAUCGAUAGCAUAUGAAAUAGUGUAUAAAUCUAUUUCAUACGUGUUUUAUAUGGUAUCAAAAUUAAUAUGUAAUUUAAAUAAUGAUAAAAAAAAAUAUAUUUUGGUUAAUAAUGAAAGUAACUUGAGCCUUAUAUACCUCAUUUCAUGUGUGUAUAAAUAUUAUAAAAAAUUGUAUAUCGAUAAAAAUGAAUUGGAAAAUGGCGGGGAAAACAAUACCAAUAAGGGAGCUAUGAAUAAAAAAGAAUAUACUAAUAUAGACAAUAAGAAAAAAUUAAAAUACUCUUUUGUAUUGCUAGAAAAGGUUUAUCAGAAAAUACAGGAAUGUUUAUAUAUUUCAUUAACAAUAGAUGAAUUUGUUCAAGAACAAACAAAAAAUAAUAUCCCCUCAAUCGACGAAAAUAUUAGAAAGAGCUCUAAAUACAUAUCCCCAGGAGAUUACAUAAAUGUAUGUAAUUUAUAUGUUUGUUUUAUUAUAAAAUUAAAUAAGAUAAAUAUGUUUUAUUCUAAUUUGGAUAUUAUAAAAAUUUUGAUGGAAAAAGACAAAACUAUAUACAGAAAAUAUAUAUAUACUAUAAAUAAAAAUAUUGAGAAUUUUAUCCGAUUUUUUUCCUUUUUACUUAAUAUACAUUAUGAAGAAAAUCAAAAUGAUUUGGUCUUAAAAAAAUAUAUAGCAAAUUUGAAAGGCCCCAAAAAAUAUAAAAGUAAAAAACUGAUUAAAAUUAUGAAACCUUAUCAUUCCCCACUAAAAUAUAUCAUUCUGAAGGAUGAAAUUCAUGAAGAUGAAGAGAAAAAAAAAAAACACAAAAAUGAAAAAACAAAAAAUAGAAAAAGGAGUGGCAACGAAGAGGGGCAUAUAAGUAACUGUGAGCAGAAUCAAAGUCGAUUUAAUACAUCGAUAAAAUCGGAAAUCACACUAAAAAAUGUGUCUAACAAACAUAAUUAUCGUAGUAGUCUUUUUCAAAAUAAUGAAGACGAUUUAUAUAAAGAAAAUCGCCCUUUCAAAGAUAAAAUUGAAAGCGAUAAAAAUGAUUUAUUUCGAAAAUGCUCCUAUAAAACAAACAGAGGGGAUGCAUAUAACGAUUCAAACAAUAGUGAUGAUAAUAAAAAAACAAGUAGUGAAAGCAGCAGUGAUGAUAGUAUUUUGAAUGAAAAAAUAUAUAGUUCAGAAAAUUUUGAUAAUAUGGAAGAAAAUGUAAAGUAUAAAAGUGAUAUGCUUCUUCUCGAAAAUUCUCUAUUUAGAAUCGAUAAAAAUAUUUUGAAAAAAAUAAAUAUCGAUUUUCUAAAUGUGUGUCAUAGUAUUAUUUUAUCCGUUAAAAGAUGCAUAAUCAUAUCUGAUAGUAUUUAUGAUUAUUUCAAAAAAUAUGAAGAAUAUGAUCCAACUUUCAAUAUAUAUAUUUGUAAGAAUAUUUUUUCGAAUUUUUUAAAACUUAACUUUUUAAAUAUAAGCAUCUUUUCAUACAUUUGUGUUAAAUUUGGAUAUGACGAUAUCUUAAAACAAAUGUGCAACUCAUCGUUAAUAUUUUUGUCUUAUAGUAUAUUUGAAAAAUAUAUCAAUUUUGUAUUAAAUCAAGAUGUGGAAAAAUUGAAAAAGCAUAAAAAUAUUUUGCAUUUUAGCACAAACAAGCUAAGAAAAACAGAAAAAAACAGUAUUGUGAAAGGAAAAGAUGGUGAGAAUAAAAACGCCGAUAAUUGUGAUGGGACGAAAACAACCAGUUCUGCUACCAGCUCUAUAUACUCACAUUUAUAUCUUGAAGAUAUAUAUGAAAUAUUAAAAGAUAUGGAUAAUUAUUCAUGUGAGGAUAUGUUUAUAUCAGAUAAAGAUGAAUUUACAGAAACAUUAUAUUUAAAUGCUCUUUUAUUUGUUAUUAAUGUAAUAUCGAUAUGGGAAAUGUAUUUAGAAAUACCAAUAGAAGUAUUAAACAAAAUGAAAUAUACAUUUUUUGAAUUAUUUUAUAAUACUACAAUUAAAAUUAUACAAUUUAUUAAAAAACGUAAUGGAUACUAUUUUAUAUUAAAUAUAUUAAAAUUCGUUUAUUUCAAAUUUAUAAGUUUACCAUUUAAUCCUAUUAAUACUUACACAUCAAUUAAGUUAUAUGACUUUUAUGAAUUUCUAAUAAACGAAAAUUCUCCUACUAUACAAAAUAUUGAUAAUAAUCCAUUUGAUGAUGAAAAUAUAAAUAUAAAUUCUGUUAGUCCAAUGAAAUUUUUGAAAAACACUUCAAAUUAUGAAAGUAGAGAUGAAUUCACAUCGAAUGUGCGCGAUAAUAAACAAUUCAGCAUAAGGAAAACUGUAUGUUCAAACAAUUUAUAUACUGAUGAAACAAAUAAGAAUAUAUAUGAUAUUACAAAUUUUAACAAUUUAAGUGUUAGUAAAAAAAAAAAGCGAAUAAGUAUGGGAGGACUUGUUCCUGUAUUUUUAAAUAAUGAAGAUUCAGAAACGGAAAAAGAAAAAGAAAAAAAAAAAAAACGGAAAACAAAUAAUGAUUAUUUAUUUUAUAAUAGCAAUCUAGAUACAGAACCUGAAAAACUUUCAAUAACUCCUUCAAAAAUAAAUGUCUUAUUCAACAAUAAUGAAAAUUUAUUUACUAGCGUCAAUAAAAAUGGCCAACAACAUGAUUAUGAAAAUUAUAACGAAAUAAUACCUAGGCGUAGCAAUUACAAAAAUGAUAAGAAUGCAAAUGAGCAGUUUAGCUUUAUUGAUGAUAGUAUUAUGCAUGCAACACCACGAAAUGAUUUUUCUAAUUAUGAAGAUGAAGAUAAGGAGGAGCAGGCUUGUAAUAAUAUUAACAAUGAAAAGAACAACACAAGUAUUUAUAGAAAUACAUAUUUGAACAAUUAUUACAUACCUCAUAUUGACCUUCUGUUUAUUAUUUUAGAUAUGAUCAUAUAUUAUUAUUUUGAUAAAAGAAAAUAUAAAAAAAUAAUAUUAAUUGUUAAUAAUUUGUUUAAUAAUAUCAUUAGAAAAUGUGAUUAUAACACAAAAGAAUAUUUAAGAUCGUCUAUUUCAUAUAUUUAUAAUUACUACCAACAAAUGAAUAUAUGUAAUAACAAGAUAAAUCCGCAUUGUUGUAUGGUUAUCAAACAUAUUUUAUCGAUUUAUACAAAAUCAAAAAUAUGUCUUUUAAAUAAAAAAAUUAAGAAACACUUAUCUUAUGUAAAAGAAAAAAGUACAGAUGAUGAAUCUAUGAAAUUAAAUUAUAAUGAAUUUUAUAUAAAUUUUAUUAACCAUAAUUAUUGGAAAUAUAUAUUUUAUUUUGAUAAUACAUCAAAAGGUGAUUACCAUUUUUAUAAUAAUAAACAAAGUGAUAAUAAAACAAAUACACACACACACGCAAAAAUGACAAUGAUUAACAAUUUGUUAUCUAUACAUAUAAAUACGUUGCUUUUUGCAAUAUUAUAUGAUAAUUUGUCAAAAUAUGUUACUCAUAAUUUUAUAUUUUUUUUUAAAUUCUUAACAUUUUUUUAUAAUAAAGUAUGUAUAGAUAUCUUGAAUUUAAUUAAAAAUUCUCAUAAUUUAGAAUUUUUCAAUAUAUAUAACUUUGAAAAUAAUAUUACUUAUCCAAAUCAAAGCGAGCAUAUAUUAAACAAAUUAAGAAGCUAUUUAUAUAAAGACAUCGGUGUGGUUAGGGAAAAUAAUCUCGAUACUACUCCAUCCAAAAUUCAAGAUAUAGAUAAAACAAUAGAGAAAAAUGGCAGAAAAAAAAACAAACAUAUUAUUCUUAUGGACAUUGAUGAAUUGCUCAUUACAUAUGUCCAUAUAAAUUUCAUAUUUUCAAGAUAUUGCUGCUAUGUUAUGUUUUUUAAAAAUAUAUAUGCUCAAAAAUACGAAAUUAUAUUUAAGCGUAAUGCUACGAAUGAUUAUUUUACAAAAUUUAAAAAUAAUAGAGAUUUUUUUGAUUUCUUUGAAUUUAAGGGCCACGAAAAAGGGAAUGAUAAAAAAUGUGUUAACAACAAAUAUGAAGAUAGUAAAUAUAGUUAUGAAAUUAGUGAAAAAACAAAGCAAACACCUUCAAUAAAAUUUAAUAAUAAUAGCAAAAAUAAUGCGAUAACCUAUUUUCAUGAUACUUUUUUGAACGAGAAUGAAGGUGUAAGCAAUUCUGAUAAUACUAAUGAUUCUAAAUCUACUAGUAUUUCAGUAGAAUAUAAAAACGUUUCAAACGACGUAGAUUAUGUAUUUUUAGAGUUCAUUUUAGAAAUUAUAGAAUGCAUAGAUAUAUAUGACAUCUAUAAAAAAAUUCUAAAUAAUUGCUACUAUGUAAUAAAGGCAGAAAUUUUUUAUAAUUAUAUUUACAAUAAUAUUGAAUCGCUAAAAAGGUUUUCUUAUCUCAACAAUGUCUACCAUUUAUAUAAGUUAUAUUACUACAUUUUUGUCUGGCCCAAUAGUGGCAAAAUUCACAAUAACAAUCCCAUUUGCAAAAACUCAGAUUCUACAUUUUCCGUUGAAACAAAUGGAAUGUGUAAAAAACAUUACAACAAAAGACAGGAAAUUACAGAAAAUAAUGAUAUAUUUUAUAUUUUUGAUCUGAAUAAUGUAUUGAGAGAAAAAUUUAGUAAAAAAUAUAUAAAACUUAUGAAUGAAAAUGAUUCUAAUUUAGAUUGUACAACUGAUCAUGAAUGGUCUAGUGGAAAUACUUCUCUUACCGAUGAAAAUAAGAAUGUAGGCAAAUACAAAAAAAUAUUGAAUAAUAAUAAAGCAUCGCACAAUUUAAACAAAGCUAUAAAUAACGAUGAAAAUUUUGAUGAUGAAAAGGAUUAUUUUUUAUGUGACAUAUAUAAUUUUAAAUUAAAGCUAUACCACCCUAAUUACAAUGAAAUGGAAAAAAAUGUUGGAAAUAUUAAAAAAGACGAUAUUUUUAGUACUUUGCUCAUUAUUAAUAAAAAUUAUUUAUUGUCAUUAAAAAAAAUAUAUACAAAGAUAAACAAAUAUGUUUAUAAUUAUAUUUUAAGCCUUUAUUAUAUAAUUUUAUAUUUUUAUUUUGAUGACCAUAUUAUAAUUAAAAAAAAACUGUCUAUUUAUUACAUUAUAAAUAUGUUUCAAAAAAAAUAUAAAUUAUUUUAUAGCAAACUUUUUGACAGAGAAAACGAUAUUCCAUUAUUUGAUCAAACUGCACAUAGUCCAAAUUAUCCAUCUUCUUCAUCGGGCUCAUCUUUUUUCAAUUCGUCAUCAGAUUCUUCUGCUUCAGAAUCGAUUAACCAAUCACCACAUUCUUAUGAUAAUGUGCUUGAUAAUAGAAAGAUAAAACCAAACGAGAAAAAAAGUGAUUCAGAAAUGCUUUUCAAAUUAUUUAAAGUGAACGAUUUAAAAAAAAAUAUAUAUUUAAUUUUUGAAAUUUUUAGCAAUAUAUAUGAUGAAUAUUAUGGGGACAUUUAUAAUAACUCAAAUAUUGCCAAUCAUAUUGUAACAAAAAUAGAUAUAGAAAUAAUUGCAUAUUUUGGAGAAAUAUACCAAAUAACACAUAUGUAUAAAAUGCAUAAAUAUUGCAUACAUCUUUUGUUAUUGUGUAUUAUUUUCACAUCGAAAAUAUGGCUAGUUUAUAUAUUUAGUGAAAAAAAUGCUUACAACCAAUUUGAUAAGAAUGGAAAUGAUUAUAAAAAAUAUUUUGGAUUAUAUUAUCAUGCUCAAGAUGAGGAAAAAAGAAAAAUAAACUCAAAUGAAAACAAUGUUAAAACGAAAAAAAGAAAGAGCAAAUAUGAUAGAAAUAGCAUAAUAAAUAUGGAUAUAGACGAUACUAAUACGAAAAAUAAGAAAAAUGAGCAUACAUUAACGAAUAUAAGAACAUAUUUACUAGAUAUUGUAUAUAAAAAAAUUACAGAAAAUAUAAAUGAUAAUAAUAUUAAAGAGAUAUAUAAUAAUCUACAUAAUUAUAUGCAACAGUUAAUUAUGUGCACGUCCUUAUUUUAUAUAACAUUUAUCUGUUUUGAAAAUUUAUAUAAAAAUAAAUGGAAUUUAUUUUUUUUAAACUCUGCAAAUAUUCUUUAUCUUUAUUAUGUCGAUUUUAGCGAAUACGUGAAAAGCUUUUGUAAAAAACAUUGUCCUGACCAAGUGCAUGUCUCCAAUUUAUUUAUUGAUAAUUUCCAUUUAGACUUGAUCAAUUUGAAAUUUGAAGCCUAUACCAAGAGCAAAUCUUAUAAGACAAUGCUAAAACGAAAGACAGAAAAAAAAAUCCAAAGUUUGGGAUUAAAUUCCAAAUAUACUGAUACAACAAAUGAAAAAUAUUCAAAAGAAAGCAAUACUACUAUGAAAUAUCAUAAUAAAGACAUGCCACAGUUGUAUGAUGACAAAUUUAAUGACCAAGGAAAUGAAUCAAGAUGCAUAUACACACAAAAUGAACAAGACAAAAUGAGCAACAAUAUGAUGACAUGGUAUCAUGAGAAUGAAACAGAGAAUAAAUAUAAAAAUAGUAACUUGAAUAAGGAAAAUACAAACUAUGACGAUGAUAAUACAUAUUCAAAAUAUUUGUUUUUGAAUUAUUACGAUAAAAAUGGGAUAAAAGGCUGUAUAAAAAGCUUAAAAAUUAUAGAGGAAAAAUAUCAAGACAAUUUAAUGGAAUUUGUUCAAAAUAAUAUUUGCUUAUAUUUUAAUAUUAUAAAAUAUUUAUACAAAAAAAAGAAAAAAUAUUUAAGUCUUCCUAUAUAUAGUAAUUCUCAUAUAAUCUCAAUUAUAUCAAUGAUGAAAUUUUCAAUGGUAAACUAUUUUACCAUGUUUAAUGUAUCUUGCACUUUUAUGUCUCUUAGCUUUGAGCGCCCAGUAUAUGAAUUUGAUGGUGAAAGUAUUGAUAAGUUUAAAGAUGUAAAAAAAAAAAAAAAAAAAAGGAUUCAAAAAAAAACAACAAUAAUAGUAGUAGUUGUAAUAUCCUAA